AUGAGAAUCAAUCUAUUGUCUCUUUGCCUCCUCCCAGGCCUUGAUCUCACACAAGGCUUGCAAUUUCCACUCGGUUUGGCAAAGGCACACAAAGGUCACGCAGACGCGAGCUUGGUUCAAUUUCUCGGGCCUUACCUUGUUGAGACCGGCUCUGUCCAGAAUAUCCAGCUUAAUUUCGCACAGGAGAGCUUUGCAGGCAAGCUCCAUGUCGUCUAUGGGGACUGCAACUUAGAACAAGCAGCCGAUGCAACUCAGAUAGUGGGAAGCUUCGAGGUGCAGAGUACGGAACACCCAGAUCGGCUUGUAUGGGUUGUGCCCUCCGAUGCACAGGAAUCACAAUGUCUGCUUGCCUUCCACGAAUGUGCUAUGGUUGGCCGGUCGCCUCCUAUCUCUUUGGAACAAGCGCCAGAUCAUCCUAAAGAAGAUUCUCGGAUCGACAAGGACUCUGUAAUCUGGUUCAAUGUGGUCGAAUACACUCGGUCGCGGUUCCACGCCAAGGCGGUGGUGAAUAGCGCUGCAGCGAAGAAUUCCAGUAUCGCCAUCGUGGGCGCAGGCAUCGCGGGGCUUUUGACCAGUCAUUUGCUAAGCUCGGUCGGACUACACAACUGGCAUAUCCACGAGGCCUCCCAGCGUCUAGGGGGGCGAAUCCGAACAGGCUACCUCAAUGGCACCUCACCCGAGGAUUAUCAAUAUUUUGACAUGGGCCCCAUGCGACUACCCACCAAAAUCAGAUACACCGGCACCACCGAGGUCCUGCCGUUUGAAGAUCACCGACUAGUGAUCAGUCUCAUUGACAAGCUCAAUCGACUCAAUGCCGACCACCACCCGGAGUUAAAGAUGGAGUUCCUUCCUUUCGACGUGAUUACCGAUGAAGAGGACGGGCCGAGCCAUACGCUUAAAGACCUGGAUGAACGCGAUCAACAGAAGUAUACCGAGUUCCUAGCUGACAAGAUGUUUCAGGCUCACAAGGCUGCAUUGGCUGCGGGGAGUACGCACUGGUCUGAAGGCGCAUACCUGCGCCAGCUCCUGAGCUCGAACGAUCAGAUGAUUAAUUACAUCGCCGACCGGGAAGAUACGCCUAUCUGGGAGAGCCUAUACUGGAACAAAUAUUUCGCUGCCUCAAGCUGGGAAACUCUGGACAAAGGAUUCGAGUCGCUACCCAGAGCAUUCGCGCCUCAUGUAACGGACAAGAUCACGCUGGGCCGUCGAAUCAGCGGGUUGAGCCAUGACGCAUCCACAAACAAAAUCUCUUUAUCUUGGCGCAAUGAUCCGAAGGACCCGGAAACCGUGGAUGAACAAUACGACUAUGCCGUUGUCGCUGCUCCGUUCAGCAUAGUGCGUGCCUGGGAGUUGCCGGAAUACCCCGAGCUCCUUGGAUGGGCGAUUCAUCGGCUGCAUUUCACGCAAUCAUGUAAAGUUGCUCUGCACUACCGCUCGCGGUUCUGGGAGGAUGGCAAGAAUGCGCAAUACCGAGGCUGCGCCCGUGUGGACGCUUAUCCCGGUAUCGGCGAUAUGUGCUAUCCCCCGUAUCAAGUGAAUAGCACGGGCCCGGCAGUGGUUCUAGCUUCCUUCACCACGGGUAACAUAGCCCGGACGAUGUCUGCGCUGGGAGAAGCAAACCACGUCGCUCUGGCGCAGCGGGGCAUGGUUCGCCUUCAUGGGAAAGUUGCUGAUGAGGAGUUCACCGGAGUAUACGAACGUCUGUGCUGGGAAAACGAUGAGUUCACAGGUGGGGCCUGGGCGUCUCCCCUCGGCGAUCAACAAGAGACAUUCCUGCCAGCAAUCUAUCAAACCGAGUCCAAGACAAUCUUCAUUGGGGAACAUACGGCUUAUACGCAUGCGUGGCUUUCAUCGGCCGUCGACUCGGCCUUUCGCGGCACGGUGCAGUUGUUGCUGGACCUGGGUCUGGUGGAUGAAGCCAGGGAGAUUGUGGAAACAUGGGGAGCAAGAUGGAUCAUAUUGUAA